AUGUCCGGUCUUCGUGCGGGAGAGGCUCACACGAACGGCGAUCGUGAAAUGCGGUCACUGACAACAUACUUCUCGAGUAUGAGGAGUCUGGUCCUCAGUAGCAGCGGCGCAUCUUCAAAGUCUUCACAGGCCUUCAAAGGCAUAUCACAGAAACCUGUACUUGUAAUGGGCAAUCCCUCGGCGGACCUGGACAGCUUCGUCUCCGCCGUGGUGACGUCUUUUUGCUACAACCUGGCUGCUGGAAACGGUAAUGCGACCCAUGCUAACAAACCCACUUACAUACCUAUCUUGAAUCUCCCGUCCGUGAGGGCAAGUGACCUAUGGAGACUCCGGCCCGAAUUCGGAGUCGCUAUGCGAUUGGCGCUGGGGGAGUCGCCUGAGACCGUCGGCAAGGAAGGCCGGGAGCAGGGCAAGACUGAUGCAUUAAAGGAACUCAUCACCAUCGGCGACAUCAAGACCGACGAGGGAUCGGCGCUACACAAACUCUUUGUCGACUCCGGAAACCCGGAUGCAACGAACGAGAGGCAACCGCUCUUCCUAGUCGACCACAACGCCCCGGCAAUACCAGGUGUCUCGGACCAAGCCAUAGCGGCUAGAUUCAAUGUCACUGCUUGCAUCGACCACCACGUCGACGAAGACUACAUUCCUCGGGACGCAGAUCCCAGGAUCGUCACGACGGGGAUAGGGAGCUGCACCAGCCUCGUGGUCACGCACCUUCGCGAGCGCGGGCUGUGGCCUUCUUCUCCUUCUUCCUCGUCCUCGACCCAGCACCAUCAGUCGGGAGCAGACGUUUCGAGCUCUCCAGAAGUCGAUGCGGAGAUGCUGCAGCAGAUAUCCAAGCUCGCCCUCGCCCCGAUCCUGAUCGACACCUGGAACCUGAGGGCCAAGGGCGACAAGUGCUCCGACACGGACCGGGAAGUCGUGCGCUUUCUGGAAUCGGCCAUCGCCUCAAGCACUGCACGGACAGAGACUCCGGAGAGAGCACAAUCUGGCCCAAAGGCAGCCGACUGGGACCGCGACGCUUUCUUCUCCUCCAUCGCCACCGCAAAGGCAAACUCCCUCGACCUGCUGACCAUGCAAGAGGUGUUUGAUCGCGACUACAAGGCCUGGACAGAGCGUACCUCCAGUGGCCGCGGAAGCAAGGAAAUCAACAUCGGCAUUUCCAGCCUAGUGAAGCCGCUUUCCUGGCUCGUUUCUCACACGGCCGCAGAUCAGAAAGGCGACGGGGACGACGGCGUCGACGCCUUUCUCGCCGAGAUCGCCACCUUCGCCACCUCCCCCGCCCGACAAUUGGGCGUGUUUUGCCUGCUGACGCGUACGGGCGACGGGAGGAAAGAAGUCGCCGUGGUGGUGCUGGACGAAGACGCCAGGGGUGCUGUCGACGCGUUUGAGGAGAAGAGCCGCGACGAGCUGCAAUUGUCCAACUGGGCGGCCGCCGAUGGCGAUAGCAGUGGUGGCAGUGAACAGGCAAGAAGACUCACGGAGGGGCUUACGAGAAAGUUUGGCGAGAAGGGCGAGUGGAGGAUCUGGUGGAUAGGAGACACGAGUAAGAGUCGCAAACAGGUUGGACCUCUGUUAAGGGAGGCGGUGAGAGAUCUCUAA